AAUGGAAGAUACAAUUCUAAAUGAAGCUGUCAGAUAUAGUGACUUAGACGACGUUUUAUCGGCUCUAAAUCAGGGAUGUGAUCCAAAUAAAAUUGGAAUGUAUCAGUGGAGUAGUUUACACGAAGCAUGCUCAAAUGGAAAUUUAGAUAUUGUUAACUGUUUGUUGGAAUACAAUGGAGAUCCUUGCAUACCGGACAAAUUGAAGCAAAAUACGUCAUAUCACUAUGCAGCAAAAGAGGAUCAUCCCGAUAUUUUACAGGCAUUGUUAAAGAAAAGUUCCCUGUGGAACAUAAAAAAUGGAGAAGGUAAAACACCAGCAGACAUAGCGUCAGAAUCGUGUAAAGCUGUACUAAAAAAUUACGAUUGCCAAUUAAAAGAGGACAGCCACGAUGAUGACGGGGACAGUGCAUUCAAUUCGAUAUCGGAGGAAAGUGAGCAUAGGAAUUCGUUAACACUCAAUAGAAUUGUUGAAUAUCCCAAAGAAUUACCUAUGGGUCUUUUAGAUAUGUCCUUUGAAUACAAUAGUAAGACAAAAAUGUUCAAAGUUCGUGUAUGGAAAUUAACCGAUAUUAUUCUGCCUCCAGCUGACGUUUCAACUAUAUAUACGAUUUACGUGAAAAGCUACCUCAUCCCCGAUCUAAAAAAGCUAUAUAAAAGACGAACUGAAGAAGUACGGGUUCGUACUACUAAUGACGAGUCUACUCAUCAACCCAAUUCUCUUAAACCAAGUACAUUUGAUUUUACGAAAGCUCUAGAAUAUAAAAAUAUAACAGAAGAUACCAUUCAAACCAAAAAAAUACAGAUUGAUGCGUGUGUCUGUCAAAGGAUGUCAAGGAAAGGAUAUCCUAUUGGUAGUUUGACAUUAGACUUGAAAACAGCUGUAAAAAACUUGAUUCGAAACAAAUACCUUCUCAAAGCAGCACCCUGCUCAUCUGUGCCAAGCUCAAUGCGAGUUUACAGCAGUAUUCCAAAUUUAAGAAGUCCGUCCUUCAACUCACUUGUCGAUAGUGACGAGAGAGCCUCAAGUGAGAGUAAUUUAAGAGUGAUCACGGUAACUAGGUCUUGUAGUUCGGGGUCAUCAAUAGAAAUACCCAUACCUGAGGGAGAGCCUACCGAAAGGGAAACUUUGUCUUCUAUAAAAGUGAUAAGAACUGGUCAAAAAAGGGAAACAUCAGUUAGCUUUUGUGAUGACAACGUCGACGAAUCCCCAAAAAUUACUGUUGAAACUUGUGAGAAAGAUGAUAAAAAUGUUCGCAUAUCUAUAAGCGAUACUGAAGAUCUACCUCCAGAGGUAGUUGUUACGAAAGCAGAUAUUCAUGUUCCUUUCAUUAGCAUUAACCAUUAG